AUGUCCAGGAGGACGCUGGGUGGAGGUCGUGUUCUAGGCACUCCAAGCGCGCUUCCAUCAGCUCCGUCCCCGCAGUCGAAGCCUGGGCUACUAUCCCCGACAGCCAGCAGCGUUUCCCUCAGCUCCCAGGCUUCCACGUCCCUAUUGUCUACCGAGACCCAGGAUCUCACAUCGCGCAUAUCGUUGGAGAAUGGCGAUACUUCAAUAUCUGCCCCGCCGGCUGCGCCCGGAGCGCGGCUCUCGUGCCCGAUCUGCAGUGAAGAGAUGAUGACCCUCUUACAGCUGAACAGGCACCUCGACGACAGCCAUCAGAACCUCGAGGACGACAGGCAAGAUGAAGUCAAGGAUUGGUUCAAAGUACAAAUGGACAAGGCAAAGCGCUUUCAGCCUCUGGCGGUGCUCAAUCAAAAGCUCAAGGGCUUGGAUGUGUUCGAGUCAAAUGACAACCAAACGGCCUCUGUCGUCACGCGUCCCACGACGACAAGCACGGGAAUAAUUGAACACAACGUGACCCCGAAAGUACUGGAUCCGGAGGAUUUGAUCACAAAGGACCAUUGGCAGGUGGUCGGUUUUCAUGAUAACUGCCUGGAGCCCUCCUGCGGCAAACGACUCAAUUCCACCAAUGGAUGUGUCAAUUGUCGCAAGUGUGGAAAGCUCUUUUGUGAAGAGCACACGAUGUAUCAGAUCAAAUUAUCUAGAUCCGCACACCACGAACCAGUUCGAGGCAUAUGGGCUAGGGUUUGUGAGACGUGCUACAAAUCUCGGGAAGGAUAUAACGACCACAAUGGAGCUAGCAGAGAUCAGACCGACGUCUUCAAGAAGAUUCGAAAACAGACCGUGGACAAGGCCCUGCUUGAAGUCUCUCGGCUCGAGACACGUUUGACGCGACUCACACAAUUAUUGGCGAACCUGCCGCCGGAGCAGAUCCAGAACAGCUCGGCCAAACUCUUUUCGCUCGGCUGGCAUAAUGACCAGCGCAAAGUCCUCGAGCAGACUAUAGUCAGCUGGCAAGAUGACGCCAGCGUCUCCCGUUGCCCUUUCUGUCAACAAGAUUUCUCCGGAUAUUCCUUUCGGCGACACCACUGUCGAACUUGCGGGCGAGUCGUCUGUGGUGAUCCGAAUACUGCUUGUUCGAGCGAGCUUGGCCUGAGCGUCACGCCAAUCUCGAAAACAUCCGAGAAAAUGACCUCGCGAAGUGCAAUUAACGUUGACAUACGACUCUGCAAGGAUUGCAAGAGUACGAUAUUUGAUCGCCGAGAUUUCCAGGCGGAUGUGUCUCGAGUGCCGCCCGAGGUACGGGCGUACGAGAAUCUAGUGCAAUUCGAAAGAGGCAUCCGUCUCCAUUUACCCCGGUUCCAAAAGCUUAUGACCGCUCUUCAGGACCCACGACGACCUCCAUCUUCAGCACAAAUCGCAGAGGCGUCCAAAGUUCGUAAGCGCCUCAUUGAUUCGUUCGCCAAAUAUGAUGUUGCAGCUCGACGCAUUCGAGAUCUGCCCACGGAAUCCCCUGCGCAAGAACGGCUUCAGAAGGCCAUCUAUCAGAAAGCCAGCAAUUUCCUCCAUCUGCACAUGCUGCCGUUGAAAUCCCUGCCCAAGGUUCUCAAAUCUGUCCAUCCCGCGGACGCUGGCAGCAGCCGGACAUCCUCACCCAGCAUUCUCCAUGAUGGAUCUUCGACUGGAUCGCGCCCCGCCGACUCUGCCCUUGCGUCGAUCAAAUACAACGAGCGUGUGGGGGUCAGUCGCAGUAGCAGUAGCCUAGGCAGCGAUGCGAGUAGUGCGGUCUCUACCUUGGAGGCGGAAGAGAAAUCGCUGCGUGAACGACUGAUCGUCUUGGAAGAGCAGAAAUUCUUUGUCUCCGAAAUGAUCGCCGAUGCGAACCGACGACGCAAGUUCGAUGAAGUGAGUAGUCUGGCGGUGAAUGUGGAGGAUUUGAGCCGCGAGAUUGACCGGGUCAAUGGGAUGCUCGCGGCGCUUGACUUUGAGAGCGUCUACACGGGGCAUGUCCAGUCCGGCUCGUGA